UUCCCUAUUCCGUACCGAGAGCAGCAAAUAUCAAUCGUUUCGAUCGAAGCCAAACAACCAGCUCAUAUGAUCUCACAUUCUCGCAAGCGUGAAUGUGUCCGAACUGGCCAGUACGAAGCUGCGAAAUAUGAACUACGUUUUUCGUCCGGUGUUAUCAGUUGCUCGUAGUUCUCUUGAAACCGCGAUCCCGCGUGGAUGCACUGUGAAACAUUAUUCUGCUGCCUAUGGUACUAAUUAGUAAUUAGCCGAACACCGAGCCAGACAAGAUGAAACUCAUAUACGGGGCUUUGUUCUUGAUAUCCAUGAUCUACCAGUCAGCGAUUGCCAUCGAUAAGAUUCAUACGUGUUUUCCGGGCAGCGUCAAAGAAAUCUGCAUCCUGGGCCAUGUAUUCUACAACAGAUCUCACGAUACCAGGCACAUAUUUCCGCAGAACUACUCCAUAGUUCGAAUUGGCAACGAUGGUUGGUCGAAGGCAAUCGAUUCCGUCAUUCGAGUAUUCGAUCGACAGCUGUAUGCAGAACUCGGCCAUCCACCAGCAGUAGAGAUCCUGGACUCCGAAGUGGAAAUGCUGGAGAUACCACGAGCACUACGCCACGCGAACUUUGCGGAUAAUCGAUUGGAAACAUUCUGGAUUGAACAAGGCACCGAUGAACCUCUGUUAUCCUAUGUGGAUCUCAGUCGGAACAGUAUAUCCAAUUUGAUUAACAUCUCCGUUUUCGUGAACCUGGAAAGUAUCUACCUGUCCAGCAACCGCAUAGAAGCCCUCGAGCUGAACGUGUUCAAGAACUUUGCUAAACUCAAACUCCUGAACCUCAACUACAACCGAAUCACUGCUCUCACCGGAGAUUACUUUCCAUCCUCCCUGACCUACCUGGGACUCUACAACAACGAUAUAAAAACCCUCAACUACAGUGCCCUUCAGCUUCCAUCGCUGGAAUUACUCAACCUGGAGCGCAACUAUCUCAGCACGUUUGAUGCGGCCAGACUGCUUCUCGGUUUACCGAAACUGCGGAUGCUCCGCAUAGGACACAAUUCACUGUCCCAUGAGACACUCUACUCGGCGCUGGAAGUGCUCAAGCAGCACAACGUCAGCUUCCGGGAUGAAUCGGAGGAGGUUGCCUGCUACUACAGUACCGAGGAGAUUGAAGGCGUUUGUAUGGAGCGCCAAACGAUGGGCAGCGGAUGGCCAAAGGCAGUCGUUCUCAGCAUCCUGACGAUUGUGAUUGCUGUUUUGUUUGUACUGGUGGUGCGCUGGGUGUUCAUCGCCAUGAACAAGUGAGCAACUCUUAAUCGGGCGUUGGCGGCUAUCGUCAAAGCUUCGCGUUAUUAAUAGGAAGCGGUGGUGCAAACCUUUGCGAAUUAGACAAAGGGAGAUAAGACCAAGAGGCUGUUUACCAAACAUGACAUCAAAUGGGGGGAACAUGGUACUAAUCACAGCGUCAUUGAAUUGGACGGAAAUGGCGGAAAAGCUGAAUGGUGAAGUUCUGUAGAAAUCGAAAUGCAAAUAAAGUGUAAUCUCGUGUCGGAAAUGAUUUAGAUUUAUCAGUUCCUGUCUGUUGUUCUUCGUCUGUUGACGUAAUUGUAACGUAGUGCAAGUCCUCUAGUUUUGAAUAGCUGAAAUUUAAAUUAUGCAUAAUUCGUGAUGAAAUUGAAAAACUACAAUCAGCCAAAAAAAACUGUUGAAAUGUGUUGCAAUGGUUUAUAGCAAAAGAUAUUGAAACUUAAAUCCCUCAACCCAUAGCUACUAACAAGAAAGUGUCUAAAAAAGAAGACCCUUGAGAAGGUAAAAGUCGUAGUGGUAAACUUGUAGGAAUUCCACAUCGACUGGACUGAAGGUUGUGGGUUUGAAUUACUUACGAAGCAAUAAGAAAAAUC